AUGGCAUCUAGCACUUUUUUCCGCCUCGCUGCGCGAUCGGUUCGCCCGGCCAGCGUCGCUCGAGGUGUUUCAUACGUUCGUCCCAGCCUUCCGACCCGCGUCGCUUCGCCCUCUGCUUUCGUCGCUGCCAACAACUUCAGCAUUUCCUCGAAGCUUCGCAGCGGUCACGAGGAGGAGACCUUUGAGGAAUUUUCUGCCAGAUAUGAGAAGGAAUUCGAUGCCGUGCAAGAUGUUUUCGAGCUCCAGCGCAACCUGAAUAACGCCUUCGCUUACGAUCUUGUUCCCUCCGUCGAGGUUGUCUCGGCCGCUCUCCGUGCUGCUCGCCGAGUAAACGACUUUCCUACUGCCGUCCGAAUUUUCGAAGGUGUCCGUGCCAAGGUCGAGAAUGAGGGCCAGUACAAGCAAUACCUCGAGCAACUCGAAAACCUGCGAACCGAGCUCGGUAUCUCUCUUCGCGAGGAACUCUACCCCAAGAACGAGUAA